AAACGUCUUUAAUUGUUAAGCUAAACGAGAGAAUGGAAAGUGACUUUGAUCUAGUCUCAUCACACCAAAAAAGGACAUAAAGUUUUAUCUCUUCCAAACGCCAGCUAGCGCUCUUUCUCACCGAUCGUUUCGCUUAUCUUCUAAGUCAAUCCUUUGUUUUGUUAUCUGAUUUUAAGCUCGCAUUGGUAUACCAAAAAGGAAAGGCAACGGACCUUUGUUACAUUAUUGUGGCCUACCCAUCUCUGUUAUCUACUCAGGGAUGCGGCCAAUUUCCCUGCUUCAUUAGCUUCUACGUUUUUUUUUUUUUUUUUUUUUUAAAAAUCUAUUUUCUAUCCCUUUGUUCAUAAACUUUUUCUAUUAAUUUUCUUUGAAGAAAUUUAUGAUUUCUUCACAUAACAGCUUGAUCUUUAUUUCAAUUUUAAAAUUUUGUCUGAUGGCCUGUUUUAGAGGUUGUUUUAAUUAAUGAAUGCCUUGCUUCAGCUUACGCCAUUCGAUCCUAAUAAGAAGAAGAAGAAAGUGGUUGUGAUACAGGUCCCUGCAGAUGAUUGUGUUGACAGUUUCUGAUGGGCUUGACUUUAGCAAUCUGAAACAAAUCAUAUUGAUGGCCAUGGGUAUGAAGACGGUAACGGGAGUGUCUUGCAACAUUGUUAUCCUUGGGAAGGAAGUAAUCGUGAUUAUGAUUAUGAUGAGGAUGCAUCAACAAUCAGAGCAUGUUAUGAACUUCUUGCUUGCUGAGUUGGGGACAAAUGUAUCACCUGAUGGGCAGCAAAGGUUGGUUGUGAAGGGCAGGUUUGAGCCAAAAAAUUUUGAAGGGAUCCUUAGGCAUUACAUCAAUGAGUAUGUUAUUUGCCUUGGAUGCAAAAGUCAAGUUACAACUCUCUCAAAGGAGAAUCGUCUUCUCUUUCUCAGAUGUGAGAAGGUGUAGCAAUGCUCACAUUCUUCUUCAACCCCUUUCAUCCUUCUUCUCAGAUGAGUGCUAUUAUUUGCCUUGGGGGCUUAUGCAUAUAUAGAACUUUUUUAUCUCAUUAUGUUAUUACCUCUAGUUCUUAUAAUUUUUUAUUAACUGGGUGGUCAUGCCUAUUUGGUAGGGUGGACAACCCAAAUUCAUCUUCUCAUGGUAUUAAACAUUCAAGAUGGUCUGUAUAUAGCCUUGGUUUGAGUGAUGUAAUUAGUAAUGAAUCUGUGCUUUUAGAAGGCCUAAGAAUUGCCUAUAUUGUCAGAUUUUCACUCGGAUGACAGUAAAAAUAACAAAUCUGAGGCCUAGAGUGGCCAGUCAUCACAUAAAACUUGUGAAGGUGAAUAUUAUUAGGUCUUAUCCUAAAUAUUCAGUUUAUUUUCAAGUUAAAUUGAUUUGAUUGCCAUUCUUAUGUAAUAGGGAACCAGCUUGGUCUUUUCUGUAGUCCAGCUUUUAGGCUUGUGAACAUUUUUAAAAAAAAUUAUUGUGGGUCUCUAGCAGUUGCAUUGCUGCAAGUUUUUCCACUAUGGAGGGUGAUGAUGUUCUGUGAACUGCCAACAUUGUCUGACUGUCUUGUGAGAGAGAAAUGAAUUUGUUCUGAAACCUCUUCGAAGACUGUCUUGUGCAUUGAUUAGAGUUUUCUGGUGGGCUUAUUGACAUCAAAUAAAUUUGUUUUUUGAGAAAAAUUUUAAUGGGUUUUCUAAUAUUUUUCUGCCACGUCUUUCUCCAAAGGAGGCUUAUGAUGUUCUAACAACUGCCGACAUUGCCAUAUUGUAUUGUGAAUGAGAAAAUGAAAGUUCUGAAGCCUCCUUUGUAGACUUUCUAAAUGUUGGUUAGAAUUGGAAUUGUAAGGGAGUUUCAUUGUGAAAGAGAAGUAAAAAAAAAAAAAAAAAAAAAAAAAAGG